AUGCCGACGCAGCAGGACGUGGCUCAGGCGCAACAGAAGCAGGUCGAGCAGGAGCAGAUGCGCGCCGACCUGCUCGUCCGCAUCCUCUCGCCUGAGGCGAAGGAGCGUCUCUCCCGGAUCGCCCUCGUCAAGCCCGACAAGGCGAAGCGGCUCGAGGAGAUGGCGCGCGCCUGGCUCAAGAGCGGUGCAGCGUCAUGA